GCACGUCUAUUAAAGUCAUCAACGAUGAACAGAAGGAACUUGUUCAACUCGUUUUCUCUCUAGAACUUCAUUGAUUUUCCUCUUCACUCUAAGAAUCUACGUUAUUCCCAAUUCCCCCAUAGAUUUCUCUCUUGAAUUCUCAAUCCCUCUCAUUCCAUCUUCAACAAUUGUCACUUGAAUCCCCACAUUCUCCAUUGGCAGCCAUUGUUUAAGCUUACGGAAUGAGCAAAGUUUCCAUUAUCGUAUACAUCACAGUAGCCGUUCUUCUCCUCCUUCUCGUUUCCCACUCCCCCAAGAAAUCCCCCAAUCGCCGCCAUCGCCGCCUCAAGCUUCGCUCCAACUUCACUUUUGCCCCUUCCCACCAUGACGACCACCACCAUCACGAGGCUGUGCCGUUCGACCCUCUUGUCGCCGACAUUGAGCGCCGACGUGAAGACCGGCAAUGGGAGAAACAAUAUGUAGAACAACACCAUCCGGAGAUGGCGGCGCAUUUGACGGAACAUGCCCCCGGCGAAGAAUCGCAGCCUGAGUGGGAGGAUUUCGCGGAUGCUGAGGAUUACCUUAAUGAUGAUAAUAGAUUCAAUGUGACCGAUCGGCUCACGUUGCUGUUUCCGAAGAUUGAUGUUCAUCCAUCUGAUGGAUUUGUCGCUGUCGAUGAGUUGACUGAGUGGAAUUUGCAGCAGGCUCAGAGGGAAACUUUGCAUAGGACUCAGAGGGAGUUGGAGACGCAUGAUAAGAAUCACGAUGGGCUUGUUUCGUUUUCCGAGUACGAGCCUCCCAGUUGGGCUCGCAAUUCAGACAAUAGCUCCUUUGGCUUCAAUAUGGGUUGGUGGAAAUUUGAACAUUUUAAUGCGUCGGAUGCCGAUGGAGAUGGUCUUUUGAAUCUGACCGAGUUCAACGACUUUCUGCACCCAGCUGACAGCAAAAAUCCAAAGCUACUUCAUUGGCUGUGUGAGGAAGAAAUACGGGAAAGAGAUUCAGACAAGGAUGGAAAGAUUAACUUCAACGAGUUUUUCCAUGGACUUUUUGACAUGGUGAGAAAUUAUGAUGAGAAUCACAAUUCUUCUCAUCAUUCUGAAGAUUCCAGGGACGGCCCUGCUAGAAACUUGUUUGCAGUGCUAGACAAAGAUAAUGACGGACACCUGUCUGAUGAAGAGCUCUUACCUAUAAUUGGAAAAAUCCACCCAUCAGAGCAUUACUAUGCAGAACAACAAGCAGAAUAUAUCAUACAGCAGGCGGAUGCAGAUAAAGAUGGACGUCUCACCUUGACAGAAAUGAUCGAUCAUCCUUACGUAUUUUACAGCGCCAUUUUCAAUGAAGAUGACGAGGACGACUACGAUUCCCACGAUGAGUUUCGCUAAUUUCUUUCGAGUAUGAACCUCCCUCUAUCUAUCGAACUCGUGCAGACAAGACGGUUGAACAUGACUCUUUGUAGGAAACACUUAAACAGGAGAGCUUUGGCAUUCCAAAGGGUGGUCAGAACUGGUUUAAUCUUCUUCAUCCAUGACUUGCCCUAUGUUAUCCUCAUUUUGUAGCGUAUGAAAGUAUCAUCUUGUGUAAGAUAGCGAUGAUUCACAUCUUAGAUCAUAGACAUUUAUUUAUUUUGGUUGCAAAUAUUGAUUUAGUUCGGCGUCCCUUGGUAUAGAGUUAUCAUUUAAUUGUUAUUUGUUACUAAUUUAUUGUUCCUGGAUGCAAAAUUGUCUAUUAUUCAUUGUUAAUUUUCUUUUGAAUUAUAGGCUUUUGAAAGGUGGACUGGAACAGGUGUAUGUAAUUUUGUUGCUUUUUGAAAUGUGAUGCUAGAUGUG